AUGCACACAUGCACCUCUGCACUUGUUCUUUACACUUCCUCCUCUCUUCGGUACUGCCUGCUGCACGCAGCAGGCACGCUCGCUCUUCCGCCUCUCUGCGGUGCACCGAUGUCGCUGGUGGACAUGGAAGAAGCUGAUACGGUGGAGUUUCUCUCCGAAGACAGCUGCUCAACUGUGUCCGCUCUUUCUCAGGAUGUCGCGACUACCACAGCAGACACGUCCCUGCCACUGGCUGCUAACACAGAUGAGGAGCAACUGCGUCGCCACACGAUGCACGAGUUUGCCUUUAUGCCGGAGCUGAGGCCGCAGCCCUCGUGGCUUGAGCAGAGCGGUAUCGCAGACGACAGACCAUUCACGUUCGUGACGGAGAUGAGCUGGAAUGCCGCGCACGCUGACCACCUCAUCGUUGCUGUACGGUGGCGGGUGGCGCUGGCUUCAUCUGGCACUGCGUUCCCCACACGCCACACAACACCUUGGGUGCCGUAUGCGGUGCCCCUCGCAACGAUCAUCACUACCCGCACAACGGCCAUGGCGGACAUGGCGAAUACCGUCACGAGCGCUACCAGCAGCAGCGGCGACGGAAGCGGCGCGACAACGCAGCCACUCGGCUCCGUGCAGCUGCGCCUUGGCCGCUCGACGUUCCUUCUCGCUGCCCAGCUCUCCUCGUUUGGGGCAGGCGCAUGGGGAAGCAACGUUGCCCGUGAGAGCCUCGCCAACGUGGCCGCCUCCAUCUCGCGAGCGCAGUGCACGUUGCACCUUCACUACGCGGCAGCCACGACACCGCAGGCGCCGUCCUUGACGCUAACCCGUCCGGUGUGUCGCUCCUUCGACAUAUUUGCCAUUUCCCCUACGACAACCCUCCUCGGGGUUGCCUUGCAGCCCCACCAGCGCUACCACAUCAAGCGGAAGCGGGGCACCGGCAAGUCAGCUCACACCGUGGAAGACCAGCCCUGCGACGCAGACGGCGUACUCACCUUGCGAGUGGGACUGCACUGCCAUGUGGAUGUCGCGUUGGACGGGGUACCUUCCGAGCCUCGUGCUGUCAGACGUACCGACACGUGCAGCUCCACCGUAACGAGCACAUACAAUGGCAGUCACACGCACACCACACGGAGUGGCCAGACGCAAGACGGCCUGGCGGUGCACCGGACGUUCGCAUGCCAGAGUGACGUAGCACGCGAACGCCAUGAGACGAUGAUGCAGCUACGACGCGGCUGGACAACGUCCCUCAUCACCGGCGACAGCACCGCCGUCUUAGCGACGCUGUCUGACGUGUCGGACCCCGUCGCGCUGAGCGGCACGAGUGACCAUGAGCAUGGCAGCCCUGUCGUCCCUGAGGGCCAGGAGGUGGCCGCCGCACCGUCGUACGCGCCCAACACAGAGUCGCUGGGCGACGCACUGCGAGAAUCACGGAAGCGGCGGCGGUCAACUACGACUCGUGGCAGCGCUGCUGAGGCCGUGGCCCGGCGAGCCAACGACGCGGAAGCGGUGAAAGGAGAGGAGGACAACGAGGCAGACGCCGCCGCAACACCAAGCGAGAUCGUUCUCUUCACGACAGGGAUACGACUCAGCGAUGCGGAGGAGAAGACACUGAAGGAGCUCGGCAGCCUCGUGAACCCACACCUGCGCCUGGCACGCUACGCCCGCGUUCUGGUGGCUCAGCGGCCGCUCGUGCGCAGCGUAAAGCUGCUCACCGUCCUGCCCUACGUCCACGACGUGGUACACCAGAGCUGGCUGGACGCGGUGCUGCACAAACGUACUCUCGACCUCCCGGUGGAGGGCUACGCUUACAAGGAGCGGAGGAUUGCCGGCAGCAUUGAGUCCGAGAACGGAUUUGACCUUCGCAAAACAAUGGGCAAAGCGCCGGCGGAGCGCCAGCGACUUUUCGCGCAGCAGAGGUUUUGGGUGCACAAGUCCGCCACCCCGCAGGAGCCGCCGAUGAACGACCUCAAGACGGUGCUGACUGCCUCCGGUGGCGUAGUCACACGGCGCGUUCUCGACGCAGACGUCCUCGUCCUGCCGAAUCACAAGCCCACCCUGUCGUGUUGGCGUGGCAUCGCGCAGCAGCUCGGGGGAGUCGCCAGGGCCUUGGCCUCGUCGACACCAGCGACGCUCUUGCAGUGCAAGCGAGCCGGCGUCCUGUUUGUGGUGCCAGACGACAUCUUCAAGUGUGUUCUACAGCAGCGCCCUCUCUCCGCCUCCACUAUUGCUCUUCCGCGGCAGUUUCAGACGGAGGCCACCUCCCCUCGAGGCAGUGCCGGAGCAGCCAGUGCCCGCCGACGCUCCUCUCAGUCAAAACGCGCGUCCACCACGCAGCGGUCUUCACAACCCAGCUCGCACAAGCGCGCGCAGUGA